GUAUUGUCAUGGCGAUGUCGGAGCCGCCUGUCAAGCCCCCUAGGGGCGUAAAAUAUGCUAAAGAAACGAGUGGAUUAUUGAUGUCAGUGAUACGGACUCUGUCUGCAAGUGAAUCAAAUGAACAGCGAGACAGAGAAAAGGGUAAAUUGGAAAGAGAAUACAAGAAAAGUGACCAAAGAUUGGAUGAACUUGUCUCAUUGCAUGAUCAAGAUCUUACACGUGUUAUGCAGCUGUUUGGAAAGCUCUCUACCCGAGUGCAAUUGUCACGAGAAAAAAUUCAUGCUGUUAAAGAAAACUUACAUGCUUGCAAAAUGCUCCUCCGGUGUCGGAGGGAGGAACUGAAAAAAUUGUGGCUUGAGGGAGUUGAGCAUAAACAUGUUCUGGAACUCUUAGAACAAAUUGAUCAGCUUCGGGAGGUUCCUUCAAAGCUGGAAAUGCAUUUGUCAAAGAAACAUUACCUGCAUGCAACCAGGCUUUUGGUUUCUGCUCUUUCUAUGGGAGAAGGUGACUUGGAAGGUGUUGAGGCUCUUCGUGAAGUCAGGAUGGAACUACAGGCCAAGAAGGAGAUACUACACACGAAACUUACCGAGGAGCUGAGCCAGCAGCUGUACACACACCGUAAGCUUCAGGAGAACAUCCCUCUGCGCCGCCAGGGGUCUGGACGUGACAACUUGCUGUCGGGUUCACUUUCACCAUUUCAACGGGGCUCUGAACUUCGUGCUUCCACGAAAAGUUCCAGACACUUGUUGGAUCCUGGUACUAACAUCAGUCAGGGAAGCAGAGCUAGUCCGGGACCAAUACAACUAAAAAAUGAGGACUUAAUGAAUAUCAAGGAAGAUACAGAUUUAGAAGAUCCAGAAGCUAGCUCUGAGCACUUCAUGGCAAUUUUGGUAGAAUGUUUAGCCUUGCUGCAUAAGCUGCCAGAUGCUAUUGAGGCUGUAAAGACAAAUAUGCAGAGUGAACUGCUGGCAGUUCUCUCACGGGUAACUCAACAAGUGCAAGACCAUUCUUCAUCAAAUGCCCCACUCCAACUGCCUGCUUCCAACAUUCCAGUGCUGACACCUGUACCAUCAACUGGUCCUGCAUUUCUGCUGGAGCUGUUCAGUUCUGUAUUUGUACAGCUGAGAUGUAUCACAAGUGCUCAUGCUUCAUUAUUACACAUUUUUUCUUGCAUUGCUGAAAAACAUCACAUUGAUGUCCACCUGUAUGAAAUGGCUGAUGUCUGGUCAAAAAUACAAGCUGUUCUGCAGUUGCUCCUUACAGAUUACUUAGACAUUCAGAACACAAGCGGAGAGCCCCAGCAGGCUCCCUCAUUUUCAGAAUCAGCAAGUGACAUGUCUGUCUUCUUCACAAGAAAGAAACCUUCCAGACAGAAAAAGAGUCCUUUGUUUAAAUUUGACUAUUCGUCUCAUGCUCUAACCAUGAACAGCUAUCUCAAGGACCAGUGGAAGAGUGAUAGAGUUAUGAAGGACUAUGAAGAUCCAGUGCACCCUAAAAAGCCUAAGCAACUGGUAUGCCAACCAGAUCCUCAGAAUAUCAUAUACAUCUUCAUUCCACUGAUGAAAUUCAUUGAAGAAACUGAAAAAGAAACUGGGUGUAUCUCAAACAGUCACUGUACACUGAAGGCAUUUUUGGCUGAUUAUGUGAAGGAAGUCUUCUUGGGACGUCAUCAUGUGACAGUUGCAGGGAAGAUAGAAUUUGCAACCAAAGCACCAGACGCCUGGAGAGCCAUGACAAAUCCAGAUACAGUCAAGAACUUAAGGCUACCCAGGCCGUUAUUACAGAGUACCGUGAUAGUUGAGCAAUGUGUUCAGGAGCUUCGUGGUCUGAUGCAAUCACUUCCAGUAUACUCAGAGCAUUUUCUAGCCAUAAUAUGCAAUAUUGUGCGUGGGUAUCGAGAAACUUGUCAGGCUGCUUAUCGUGGCAUUGUGCAACCUGAUUCUGAGGAUAAACGAAUUUGUAGUGCAGCCUGGUUACGCGAUGAAGACAUUAGCCGUUUUAUCAAGUCCCUACCAAACUGGGUGGACCUCCAAGCAUCAAAGAAGGAAAGCACUAUAGGAGCUGUAACAGUGGAAGAAGAGAGUCCAGAGGAAGUACGGCAGCGUAACAUGAGGGAAGCGGAGAUUUUAGCCAGCAACUUGGGAGAAGGUGGAAUCAGUCGUUAUGAAAUAUUGUCUGAUGUGGGGCAGCUACGUCGCCUUGCCCAUCUGCAAGAGAGUAUGGAGUGGUUUUCAUCAUCAGUGAUGUCUUUUGCUGAAGAAUUGCUCCAUAGUAGCUCUGUCUCAAACCACUCUGCAACUACCUUGGACCAGCUACCGCCAUUACCUGAAUCAUCUGUACAGUGUCUUCUGCAAUUGGCUAAAGAAUUUGAAGAAUUGGCCAACACGUGCCUUUUAGUUCUUCAUCUUGAGGUCCGUGUACAAUGCUUCCACUACUUGUUACCACAGGCUGACACAUUCAAUAGAUUUGCAGGGGGUGGAAUGGACUCGCAAGAGCCAGACCCACAAGUUUUUAAACUCAGCCAAGUCCUUAUCAACAUUGAUGAGGCAAUGACAUCCAGCCUUCAGCCACGAAAAAUCAAGUAUAUAUUUGAAGGUUUGGGACACCUGAUUGCAAAAAUCUUGAUCAGCUCUGCACAGUACAUCAGACAGAUUGACGAAGGCGGAAUUCGAAAAAUGUGUCGCAAUAUUUUUGCUUUGCAACAGACUCUCACCAACAUUACAAUGGCCAGAGAGAUAGCAUUGGAUCAUGCAAGACAUUACUUUGAGCUCUUCUAUCUCACUCCAGAGGAUAUACUAAGCAGAGUGAUGGAGAAAGGACCGAGUUUCUCAGAACUGGAAUACAUGAAUGCCUUCCAGUUAAUACAUCGCAGUCAAUCUGAUUCUGAUUAUGGUGCUGUUAACCUUCACCUUAAACGCUUAUCUGACAUUUUAGGAGAAGUGUCUGUAACAGUGUAAAGAUUUGCAAGUGUGCUGCAAUUCAGGUCUCUUGCAAGUGUGUACAAAAAAAGGAGACUGUAACAACUGAACAAGAAAAGAACCUGAAAAUGUUGACAGAGAAGUGACAAAAUUACAAAAUAAUGCAGGUGUAAAAUGACUGAUUUGUAUACACAGGAGUGUACCAGCAAUUGUAUUUGCUUCAUUCAAUCUGGUAAUGUCUGGUUAGUGCCACUUAGCAUAUAACUAUAACAUCAUAAUAGAUUAUAUCAACCAUACUAAUAACUAUCAAUGUUGUAAUUUUUUAUGACAUACAUAAAAACUUUUUGUCGGGAAUGACCUAAAUGCUAAAGUGGCACAACUUAAAACUGCGCAGAUAAGUUACAAAAUAGAGAACAAAAAAGAUUGACACAGGAAGUGAUGCAUUAAGGUUUCACUGUGUACAUUGAUUAUUUAAAAGAAUCAGUAACUUGUGUACUUCAGUGCAGUUUUCUAUAGCACUGUAUUUUUUAGGCAAGCAUCUUUCAGUUUCUUACUUUUUGUAUUGAAAAAGUGGAGAAUGACAACUGCAUUAAUCUGUGCACAGUCUUGGCUUCUUAUUAUUGCUUAAAUAUUAUUUCCAACUGUUUGUAAAUAAAAAAUUAACUUAUUUAAAGAGCUAGGGGUAAGAAAGAAAUUAUGUUUUAAAAACUAGCUUACAUGUGGCAUAUUGUGUACAGACACAUGAGCUAUAUUCUUAUGAUAACAGCCAAGACAAUAGUAAUGCAUGUCAUUUCAGUAUGUGCCAACUCACUUGUUACUGUUAUGGAAGAACAUAUUGUUACUAUCCUUGUCUACUGAUAAAUCGAUAAAGUACAACUAUUGUUUUUGUGUACCUUUUUGUUGAGUUUCACUAUAACAGAAGUAAGUAAUUGCUAUAAAAACAACGUAUUGUACUUUUAUACAUAGCUGUUAACAUAGUAUAUUAUAACAGUUAUAUAAUGCUUUUUCUGUCAUUACAAUUUGCCAUUGUCAUGGCUUACGUGCUGUAACUAAGUUUUGUCAGAUGUAACUGUUAUCUCACUCCUUUUUUUCCAUAGUACCUAUUGUACAAAGAUGUUCUUUUAACUGAACUUGAUUUCCUGUAAUGUCAUGAAGAAUA